UAAAUCAAGUUUCCUUCCUUUCUUUUCUACAUGCAAUAUUUCUACGUUGUCUUCUAUGGUAUUAAGGGGAUGGCGUGUUUCAUAUAUAUGGUUCGCAACAGCUGAUUUGUCAUAAUUUCCUAACAAAGCUAGGACGUGAACUCUACUACAUAUAAGUAGAGAAACAAGAUUUUAAUUUUGAAAAAGUGUAAAAUUAAUGUGUACGAAUCCUACUAUACUGAAGAAGAAUUUAUUUUAGAAACUGUAGGGUAUGUGUUUUAUAAGAGGGAGAUGUUUAUUUUUGUAGGGAGAUGUAAUUUUUUUCACUAUCAUGAGUACUGCCAAAGAGUAAUUAAAGCCCUAUUAUUUGAUACCGGUAAUCUGUAAGAGUCCAGUAUGUAGUCAUGAAUUCAAACAAAUCGUUGAAGACUUAGUAUGUUACUGCAUUCGUUCUCCUGUAAGCUACUGGACCUUUUUUAUUAAAAUGGAGAACCAGUUAUGGACAAAAGUAUUUCAUGCUGUUACUGGAAGAAACAAAAAUGAAUUAAAAGAAAUUUUUAGUAACUGUAAAGUGACUGACAAGAUGUGUACUGAUGUAAAAUCUGGAGAUACAGCCUUUCACUUGAUCUGCAAAUUGGGAGACUUGGAGAUUCUAAGAUUCUUAGUAGAGGUGUGUGUAGACUCACUAGAGGAUCUGGAGGCCAUGAAUUUUGACCGAAGAACAUGUUUACAUGAGGCAGUAACAGCUUGCAAUGUCAGUGUGGUGAAAUAUCUUCUGGAAAAAGGUGUAACUGUGGAUGCUGUGAAACGAGGCGAAUGGACCCCACUUAUGCUUGCUUGUGCUAAUUCUGGCACGUCAUCUUGUGAUAUUGUCAGUUUGCUUCUCAGAUUUGGGGCAAAGACAAAAGCUCAGAACAAAGAUGGAUGGACACCAGUCAGUCUUGCUGUGCGUUUAGGUGAUGAAAACAAAAUAAAACUUCUAGCAUCUGUUGAUAUUGAUGCACUGAAAAUCAAGACAAACAACCAACGAACCAUACUACAUACUGCAGCUCUCCAUGGUAGGGCAUCAGUACUACAGUUCCUUUUGAGCUCAGAGUGUGGCUGCAGGGAGAUGCUGAGUUGUACUGACAUGUGUGGUGUUUCACCUUUCCUUGACGCAGCUGCUAGUGGAAGCCUGGAAACAGUGAAGGUUAUCCUGUCAUAUUAUGAUGCCCUAGGUGACAAGGACAAGAAAGGACUGAGUGCACUUCAUCAUGCUGCACGCACAGGAAGUGUAUUGGUGAUUGAGUUCCUGGUAAAAGAACUAGGAGCAGAUGUUAACAGUAUUUCAGACAUUGACAGAGUGACACCAUUACAUGUUGCAGCUCGUGAGAAACAGAGUGACGUUGUUCAUCUUCUGAUGAAGCUGGGAGCUGACACUUCUCUGACUGAUGCACAUGGCCGCAGUGUAUGGGAUUACAGUGCAGCUCCCGUCACCUGAGUAAUGUAAAGGUUUCCACAAGUAACCAAGAGGACUGAUGACAGAACUACAGCUAUUACUUGGUACAAUCCCUCCAUUCAUAACUGGUUAAAACUGUGGUCUUUCUGAUCCAUUUCAAUUUUGCACUAUUGAACCGGUAAAUAAUACACAAUGUGGUGUCCAGUACAACAACAAUGCAAAUGUUGAAAUGAGGCUUAAAUUCUUGCUUCAGAGUAAAACCCUAGUGAUGAUAAAAGCUGAUGUUUUCCAAAACACAACUUCUUCCACAGCUCCUGAAUUACUGCUUUGAUACCUUUUAGGUACAGGAGAUAUUCUCUCACUUCCUUAUUUCACAUCUUCAUAUUUUGUGUUCUUGAGCUGUUACAGUUCAAAUACUAGUGGCUGUGAUGGUACUUAGAAAUUUUCUUCAUAAGUUGUGGUCUCAUGAAGAUAUACAGACAGUUUUCUGAGAUUAUCUUAUACAUCAUUAAUGUAGUUCUCUCUCAUCAAAACCUCUUCUUGAAAAGAUGUAUCUCAUUCUUCAAGUUCCUCGUAUUUUCUUUAGAUGACCUGAAUUUCUUAUCAUCACACACAAUUUUUGUCUCAGAAUCUUCUGAAGGUUUUCUGUCCAGUGCUUUCAUGAAGGAAAGAGUCCUUGACAUCUUAUUGUGAUUUUCUCUGAAGAAUGUAGCCUUUCUUAACUGCGGACUCCAGUGCCUUUUUUUGGACAUGGCUCUCUCUUUCCUGGUUGCUGAAGUGUCCUGUAGUUUUAACUUUGUUUGUUCUCUAAGACAUGGUAAAGUUCUGCCACCUCUUUUGCAAUCUUGAACAUCUCUUUCUUGGGUGUAGACCCCUUCUCUUUAAGACUGUUGUUUCACACUCAGUUCUAGUGAGAGCCUCACAUAAAGGUACUAUGGCAUACAAUGCAAAAUAAAAAUUAAUGUGUUCUUUACUUAAUUUAUCUUCCUCAUGUACUCAGCAACUCAGACAUUUGAAAAUCUCUAUUUCCUUAUUGUGUUAUUUUACAAAUAAUGUGCUGAAUAUACUAUUCAGUUUCUUCCUUAACCACAUCACCUCACUGUACAACACCCUCUGCAUUAAAACUGCAUUCUUCACGCAGUCUCGUAAGAUGUUAGCAUAUGGUUCCAUUAGAAAUGACUCCCAAUAGGUAAUCUUGCUCCAUAUUAAUCAAAAUCCUCAAACUACAAAGAAACUUAAACAAUUGUCUCUUUUUUCGAAAAAAUGUUGUUUACUUAAAAUCAGUGAGUGUGGUAGCAAAUAUGGCCCAUGUAAUGUUACAUUAUUUCAGUUAUACUGGUGUCUUUUUCUCUUUCAUAAUUAUACUCAUACAUAUUUUACUACAUAAGCAGAGCUCUAUUACAAUUACCAAUGAUUGCAUUAAUGUUUGUGAGUGAUUGAUACAGUUGGUUUCUUGAUUAAAUCUUGUAAUGUGGUCUCAACAAAUCAUCAUGGUUCUUA